AUGUCAAAUAUGGCGCAGAAUCUGUCAUCUUCAACACAUAAUGGUGCAAAUAAAUCUUCUAAGACAAAACAAUCUCUUCAGAAUAAUCAUAAAAGUACUGAUCAUGAAACCAUCAUCAAUAGUAUUACUGGUUAUGAAAAUGAUCUUGGAGAUAGAUUAGAAUUAUUGGAACGUGAAGCUUGCGUGCAAGCACAACAGAUUGAAUUGAAUGAAUGUCUCGAAUGUGUUGCUCAACUUGUUGAUUUAUUGAAACGUACUGUUAUUACCUCCGAACUUCAAAAUCAAAAUGAUUUGCAUAAUGAUACACGACAUCAUCUACAACAACAUAAGGGUAUUACUGGCAAUAGACUUAUUGAUGAUAAAGUCGAGAAGAUUGUUAUUAACAAAGGUUUAACUAAAGAACAAUGGAAUUGUCUUCUUUAUAUGGCAUUAAGUACUGAUGAGACAAUAGAAUUAACCAAAGUUAGCAAGAAACAUUUACAAAAAGUACGUGAUAAAGCAUUACGUCUUCUUGACGCUGAUGAACAGAGUGCAGUUUUUGCAUUAAUCAAUGCUACUGAAAAAUAUGUAUUGAAAAAUCAUUCCAUUGAAAAAUGA